UGCGAUCAUGUCUAGUCGCCAACAGAUCGAUUCUGUCAUCGACGACGAUGACGAGUUCUGCGAAGAAGGCCGAUGCCCAAACUGCCGGCGCCCGUACGAUGAAAGUACCAUCGAAUACAAGAUUCCGGACGCGGAGGAACCUGGCAUUAAAGCACCGCAAAGCCGCCGCCGCCAAGAAGAAGGAAUCCGAGAAACGAGAAAUCGAAGCAUCCAGCCGAAAGAACCUCGCCGGUGUCCGUGUUGUCCAAAAGAACCUGGUUUAUGUGAUAGGUCUCAAUCCUACCAUCCGUGAUGAGAGCCAACUGUUGCAAACACUCCGUGGGAAGGAAUAUUUCGGCCAGUAUGGUGACAUUGAGAAGAUCGUAGUGAGCAAAGCCAAGCCAGGUGGCAAUCAACACCAGGGGAUCGGGGUCUAUGUUACCUUCUCGCGCAAGGCCGAUGCUGCUACUUGCAUAGCUGCGGUGGACGGGUCUCCGAAUGGUGAUCGUGUUCUGAGGGCCCAAUAUGGAACGACUAAAUACUGUUCAUCUUUCCUUCGCAACGAACAGUGUAAUAACCGCAACUGCACAUUCCUGCACGAAACCGGAGAGGACAGCGAGAGCUAUAGCCGGUCCGAUCUUUCAUCCAUGAACACCCUCUCAAGCCAGCGACAGCAGACUCCGAACACGAUCCCUUCCCGCUCAGCACAACCUAUCACCCAUACUAUGCGUCGGCAACCCAGCAAGGAUGACUCGGUCAGCGGUCGAUCGGCGGUUCCUGAUGGCCCAGCUCUUCCUUCUUCCGCGAGCUGGGCAAACAAGGACGUCACAAUCAAAGCCCGCCGGCCUAGCUUGACGGGGAGCCAGGCGUCUCAAAGUCCACGCCCAGCAAGUGUCAAUGUCUCCACAUUAGCCGACGAUGCGAAGCGCACAGAGCGUCCUUCACCCAUUGCCCAGGAAUCACGAGUGUCUCAGCCUGAGGCACCGUCACCUACAAGUCGUGCGGAGCCCCGAGCCACGAAACCUCGCUCUCGGUUGACCAGCCCUCUUGAUCUCGUUGUGAAAAACCUUACAUCUCCAGACUUCAAGUUUGUGUUCUCAGCUAGUGAACUAUCUGAUGAUGAAGUUAAAGCUAUUGGGCAUUUCGCGUCUGUGCUUGAUCCAUAUGGUGGCCUCAAAAGACGGGCAAUGCGGGAGAGCGCAGAACAAGAGCGUCUGAAUCGUGAGCAAGAGCUGUUGCAAAAUGCUGCCGCCGAGGAGGAUAGUCGUGAGGCUGGUAGUCUGCAGCUUGGUGGAGAGCCUGAAGACGUCAAUCCUCCCAGAGGAAGUCAAAGUCGGGAAUCACAUGGUGCUAUUCAACCACCUUCGCAACAGGGUACUGCUGACAAUUCGACAGUCGGGUCCCCUGUCUCGGCAUCUAGCAUUCAAUUCCAGGGGUUAAACUUGGCCGCUGGUCGUAGCUUAACUCCCCUUCAGCAACAGCAGUUGAUGCUCUUGAAAUCAGCAGGUAACCAGCAGGCUGGGUUGUCCGAUCCGAUGAGCUCUGCCGCUUUAGAUCAAGCCGCCCAGGCCCGACAGAGUGCGCUGCAGGGGCAGCUAGCGCAGUACAAUGCCCUGCAAGCUCAGAGCCGACAGUCCUCUCGGUUUUCAUUUGCUCAAGAUGCUAGCACAAAAAAUCUCAAUAAUGCACGCAUGCUCGGUCAGAUGCAGCCUGGAACCCCGAACCCCCUGACAGCCCCAAGCCCGCAACAUGCUCUAUCGAGUGGUUUUUAUGCCAGCGGCGUUCAGGGCCCACCUCCAGGCCUGAAGACCGCCGGGACCCCACCCAUCAGCGGCGGUGGAAUGUUCGCCCAGGGUCAUGGCUUCACCGCGAACGCUAAUGUUGGCAUUGGAAAGCAAGAUGCGACCCCCGAGUUGAUGCGUGAAUUGUUCCGUGGCCGUGGUGCCACGAGUGUUGGAAGUGCGCAGGGCCAGGACGCCUCUAAGCGUGAGUUUAUGUUCCCUUUUCUUCAACAGCACCAAACCCCACCCCCCCUGAAUCCCGUCAACGGCCUUCUCAGCUCUUUCUAUGGGCCCCAGGCAGGUUCAACGCCUGACUCUGGUGGCUCACAGAAGCAGAAGAAGAAGGGGAAGAAGCAAAGACACGCUAACACUUCCUCCGGUGGAGGUGGUGUAGUAGAUCUUGCGGACCCGAGCAUUUUGCAAGCGAGGAUGCACCAAGUCGGUGCCAAUGCUACGGCUGGACAGGCGUUGUAUGGGAGCCAGGGUCAAGGCGGGUACAACCCCUCUAUGGUCUACGGCGGCAAUUUUAGCCGCUGCUUUGCUAACCAUGGAUUUGAAGUGGAUGAAGAAUUUCCUCCCUUGGGCAGUCAAUCCAAGGAAAACCAGUCAGUGGAUACUUUUGGCUUUCUCAGGUCUCAGAUCAGCAAUGAAGCCAGCGGCCGUGCAGGGACACCGUCUGUUCCGCCCGGCCUUUCACUGCCGCGUGGACACCCUGCGUCUGCGUUUCAACAGCAAAGAGACCCUUCAAAGCCAUCCUCCCCGGCGCCUCUUUUCCCUCCUGGCUUGAGUGCGCUUUCUCGGGAAGGCAGCCCGUCCCAGUCUCGCUCAAUAAGCCCGGAGACAAACACGCGGACUGGAUCCUCCUUGCGAUCGAAAGAUGCAUUUCAAAUUUCACUAGGUUCUCCGGUCGCCAAAUCUACGCGCAAGCCCAGGUUGAAUACCAAGCUUGACUUGACUGCUGCUUCUGCUCCCGGUGAGAAAGAUGUGUUCAAGACGGAGAGCCCUAUGAUCACCAAGGCAAGCCCCGUGGGCCCUCAGAUGCCGUCGUCAGCUGUGGAUGGCCCGUCUGCUAGGUCGGAGGGGCAAUCGCCUGGAACGUUUCCCCCGGGACCAGGGUCCGUCUCGGCGAUUAGCUCACGUCCUAAUACUCCACUGACAACGGCUUCUCGACUCUCUGAUGCUUCCGCUCCUCGCCAGCCCCGUAUCCUGCGCGUGGUAGAAACGCCCAAGCCCGAUGCUGCUGCCCCAGUGGCUAAAGCGCCAUCCAUCGCAACAUCCACUACCGGGCAAAUGAAGUACGGCUCACGCCGACAAAGUUUGUCCUCAGCCAGUCGUCCAGAUAGUCCCCCUGGCGAUCUGAGCUGGGAGGCUGAUACUUUCGCAUCUGCGUCUCGUACCAACUCUCCACCCCCUGCUAACCGCAUUGGGUCCGCCCCAGUGCGUGCGAUGACAAAGAGCCAAGCCAAGAAGGAACGUCGCCAGAAAGCGAAGGAAGCCGAAGCGAAGAAAGCUGAGGUUGCUGCUACCUCUGAGGAGCCCGUUCAGGCACCCAUCAUCGGUCGAAAGCGCAAAACUAAGAAGGCAACUUCCAUUGCUUCGGACCCAGCAGUCUUAGCUCCCUCACCCGUUGACAAGGCGAGUCCUGUGAAGUCUGAGAAGGAGCCUCCUCAGAGCGCAGAACUAAAUGCUGAAUCUUCUCAAACAUCCAAACCGAAGGAAGAGCCUGCUCCUGACCCCAAGGGGAACGACGAUGCUCAAGCCAAGGUUGAACGAAGUGAAGAACCAAAGGCCGCGCCCGUAGAGAAACCUACUGAUCAGAAGGACUCUAUGGAACCCUGGCAAUCACACAAUACAAUGCAGCAGCUGCUCAAGGACGCAGAGGAAACCAAUCGAACUAUCAAGGAUUUGUUUUCGGAGAGGACCAAGCCCUUGCAUGAGUUGCUUGCUGAUAUGCGCUCUUCUAUGAAUUUUGAUAUCAAUAAAAGCUCCCUGUUUCACCCAGGCAACUUGAGUCAGCGCACGGAUAUGAAAUGCACCGCUCGCGAUUAUGAUUCUUGGAAGCUGCCUACGGAGCUGAACGAGGAACACCGAAAGGCUCUUCGCCGUGGGGAGCCAAUUCGCGAUGAAGAGCGGUAUCUGGCCCUUGAGAAAGCUACAAGCGAGAUUCCGGAGCCGUUUGUAUUCGGAGAUGAUUCCAACAAUAUCAACGGGGGUCUGGAUGCCCUUUUUGCCGCUUCCGAAAAGUACAAAAUCAGUUGGGUGGAUGAUGCGGCUCCCCGAACAGGGACAGACUCCCUCGUCCCGCCUAAUGUUCUUUCAGCAAUGGAAGCAGACACCACCCGUAAUCAUGACUGGGCGGUGGCUCAGACUGCUGAGCUUAUGCAUACCACUACUGCUGCCGUACGCUCCUUUGCUGCGGCAACAGCUAAACAAAUGCUUGGUACCUCCGCUGUGCCUGGAUUGAACCCUUCCUUCGACGAUGUGGCUGCUAUGACUGAUGAGGAGCUCAAGGAGCUUGCCACCAAAUCCCAGAAGGAUCUGGAGGGUACUCGCAAAGAGUUGGAUUUGAUCGAUAAGAAGUUCAACGCUCUUCUUCGCCGUAACAAGAAGAUUCAACAGCAGGCCCUUGUCACCACUGCUGAUCCCAAGGCCUAA